AUGCCCACUCCACGAACUCGGCGAUCCGCCACUCCUCGCAAAAUUCGUGCUGACGAUCUACAGCGCAAAGUCAAGGUUGUCACUGAACAACACAUCAUUGACAAGCCUGCCAUCGAAGGCUUCCCUAUGCGAGAAUGGAGCUUGAAGAUCUUCUUGAUUGACGAGGACGGCACUGAGCGCCCUGCCGACGUCUUCACCAAGGUCGUCUACAACCUGCACCCGACCUUUGCGAACCCCGUCCAGACCUUUGUCAAGCCACCCUUUCUUUGCUCGAAUGAGGGUUGGGGUGAGUUUGAUUUCAGCAUCGACUGCUACACCACCGAGAAGACCAAGCUUGCGCCAAUCAUCCAGGACCUUAACUUCGGCAAGAACAAGUACGAGGUCGUCCACAACGUCACCUUCAAGAACCCCUCCCAAUCCCUGCAGGAGCGCCUGCGUGAGACGGGUCCCCUGCCCACCGACGACGACCACCGGCCCAAGAAGAAGGGCCUUGCCAUCAAGAGGAGCGCCCAGAAGUUUGACUAUGAGAAGAUUGCCGAGGCCCUGGAGAAGCUUGAGGAGGAGGACUUGCUGCGUGUCAUCCAGCUCAUCAACGAAAACAAGGGUCCCGACACGUACAUAAGGAGUGAUGUGGAGGUGGAUGACUUGACUCAAGCCGGAGAGUUCUCGAUUGAUCUCUACACUAUGCCGGAAUUACUCUCGACUAAACUCUGGGACCACCUGGUGAGCCUUCCUUGA